AUGGAGUACUUGUCUAAGAAAGGGUUUGUACACAGAGACCUGGCUGCUAGGAAUAUACUAAUAGCUGAUCAUGGAACGUGUAAAAUUGCUGACUUUGGAAUGUCAAGAGAUCUACAUGAUGAAAAUUAUUACAUUUCUAAUUCAAAAAUGAUUCCUAUCAAAUGGACAGCUCCUGAAGCUUUACAUUUCAAGCGUUAUUCCAGUGCUAGUGAUGUAUGGAGUUAUGGUGCAGUAAUGUAUGAGAUAUGGAGUCUGGGACAUAAACCAUUUGAAAACUACACAAAUCAAGAGUGUUUAAGAAGAGUUGAUUCAGGAUUUCGUCUUCCUCCCCCUCCUGGUUGUCCCAGGUCUAUAUAUGAGAUGAUGAUACAAUGCUGGCAUCCAGAUACUGGUAGUCGUCCUACAUUUGUACAGUUAGUAUCAAGACUCUCAUUAUCUGAUGCUAAACUGUUGAGUACAGUAUCAAGUGAUACUACAGUAAUAGGAGGACCACUGGAGACUGGAUACCAACUAUAUACUGAACUACAAAAUACUUAUAAAAAAUAACUACUCUAUUACAUUUGUGAUUUACUCUGUGUGUUGUUCUGUAAUGGCAACAGGAUUAAAGUCUCAAAUUUUUAUUCCAGUUAAUUAAUAAUUAAUGUAAUAGCAAUAGCAGUAACUGUUAUACCAUAAAAAACCCAUUAUUGGUUUUGAGCUUAUAUUUAAUAAUAGUUUAUUUUCCUUAUAACAAAUUAGCGAUUUUGGUAUGUCACGUACGUGAUCUUGAAGAAGAAAAUUAUUACACGUCACAUGGUGGAAAGGUACCAGUUAAAUGGACAGCACCAGAGGCUUUAUUAUACAAGAAAUAUGCACCCACCACUGAUGUAUGGAGUUCAUUGUUUUUGUGUAGUAUAUGGAGAUGAUACAGACCAGGUAUCGUCUGCCUCCUCCUCCUGGUUGCCCCAGAGGAAUAUAUCAAUUGAUGAUACACUGCUAGAAUCCUGACAGUAACCACAGGCCAACUUUUAAGGAUAUUCUUGAUAAAUUGACGGAGGAUCCAGAGGGUCUCCUUCAUUGGAGUGAUGAGAAUAAAGCAGUUCAUGAGUCUUCCUCUGUCCUUGGAUCAGAUUUAGAGGCAGGUCAAGACUUGUAUCCUGAACUGCAACAAAUUUUUGUUAAAUCAAAAUUGAAAAUAUAAAAAGCUACCAAUCUUCUUGUUUCUCUCCUAUCUCUGUCAUUAAUCACUCUUUCUCAUACCAAUAAUGUAUAAUCUGAUGAUUGUUGUAUUUUUAUGUGUAUAUGCUUUUUGCGGUUUUGCUUUUUAAUACCGAUUUCAUUUUAAUUUUUAAUGUAGAUUUUUAUAUUAUGAAAUUUGCCUCCA